CGGAAGAAGAGAAAGGAAUCCCCCUCUUCGUCGACCCACUGUCCAGUGAAAGAGGAUUCCUUUUCUCGCCUUUCCAUCUUCAUAGCGAGAAAUCCGAGAUUUCCAAGAUUUUUUCAAGGAUUUGUCUUCCUUCUUCGUCCGAAUCAAUAGCCAGGUCAACUCGCGGAUCAACAUUCCAUCUUCUUCGCGAAGGAAACACUUCAAAUAUUAGAUCGGAGAUGGAGUGCGAGAGCCAAGCAUCGCGGAGUUCAUUACAUCGAGCAUACUUGGAUUCUUCUCCUAUAAUUGAGGUUAAACAAUUAUGCACUGAUGUUGGAUUGUUUGUGUGGAAAAUGCUUCAAUAUCUGAAACGUAUUGAUGGCAUCAACCUUUCAUAGACAUUGCUCAGCUUCAAAUACUAAUGACUCCAAUCGUGGAAUAAGAAGAGGAGAAAUUGUCAUUGCAACAUCUGAAAAUGAAUAAAGAUGAUACCCUAAUGUGGAAGAACAUCUCCAAAGACAAGCCGUGAAAGAAGCUACUGUUGGUUCAAAAGCAUCUUUUUAAUAAUGAUUGGGAUCAAAAGAAGAUCAAAUGAAGAUGAAAGUACAAAUGGUGGUUGGUUAUACGUGGAAAAACAAAGAAGACUUUGGAGACCUAAAUGUCAGAAGCUUAGAAGUCAGUAGGCACAUAAAACCUAGGCAAAGGUUAGGGGGGAGGGGGAGAGUUUAGACACAAAACUUGAUGUACCAGGUAUGUCCUUACUUUUUUUCCCUUCGAAAUAUGAAAGAGCGUGAAUCUCAUCAUAGCCCGUAUCAAUUGCGUAAGUUACUAUACUUUACCAUCAAUAAUGUAGAACUGUUCGUUAAGCUGUGGUUAUAAAUGGAGAACUCGCAUAAUUUUUUUUGUUAUGUUUAAUUAUAUUUAGUUUUAUACAAAGUCUAUUUAAUUUACUAGAUGCACCAGGGGCACAAUUAUAUUUUUUAUUUUAUUUCGUUGUAUGUAGUAUGACAAUUGGUAUUGCUCUUAUGUCCUUUCUAAGUAGGGGAAACAUGGAAGAGGAGGCACCCCUUGAAGAUUCAUCUCUCAGGAUUGAAAGUCAUCCACGCGCCUAUGCUCUGCGUUUACCAAGCGGAGGAAAAAAGGGAAUUCCCAAUCUCCACCGGAACCUUCUUCGUCGUCCCAAUCUCCAGCGGAACCCUCUUUCCAUCUUCGUCGCUAGAAAUCCGCAAUUCCCAAUAUUUUUUCAAGAUUUAUCUUCCAUCUUCGUUCUUCGUCCGACUGAAUAGCCGAUCCAGGUCAACUCGCGGAUCACCAUUCCAUCUUCGCCAAGAAAGACUUCAAAUUAGGGGAGUACAAUCCAUGCAACAGUCCGGAAAAGUUUGGUCGGAACUUUUGAGAGAUGACUCAAGGAGGGUUCUAUUUACAUCUUUGCCUAUUUUGGAAUAGGCAUCAUUAGUGGCUAUUAUCGUACCUCGAGACAUGAGUACAGACUUAAUUUUCAACCAUGAACUUCUGUUACCGAAUGUACUUCUGACAAAAUUCCAGUGCAUGGGCUUAGGUUGAGUACUUUUGCUGAAAUACUGGAAACAGACUCGAACUACCCAUACUUAGUUGCUGUGGGCAAGCAAAAGGAGAAAGUAAAGGAGUCCAAAAGGACAAAGAUGAUUGUCAUCAAGUUAGAAGCAGAAGGGAUGACAUUGGAUAUCCCACUAUUUGGGGAGUACGUUGACAAGUUGAAAUGCUUCUUCCAACAACAGCCAUUGGAACAUCCCAUAAUUGUGAUACAAUAUGCAAAAGUGAAAGUGUUUCAAGGAAAUAUAUUUUUACAGAAUGUCAUGUACGGAACGCGUAUGUUAUUAAAUCCUGAGAUAGAACAGGUGAUUGUAUUUAGACAAAGGGCUCUUAGCGUGACAUCUCAACGUCAACCCAUUAUGUUGUCAUGUGAUGACAUUUCAAAUGUGCAGCAUAGUGAAUUCCUAGAUGCUGAUCGGAUGAGGAUAAUAACGACACUGAAGAAUACUACUCAGGCAGUCCUUUGUUUAACUAAUCUUAUUAUUGUUUUUAAAAAUAGACUGAUAUUCUGUUUGUAUUCAAAUAGGAUGGCUCCUAUGUCGUGUAUGCCACUGUUGAUGCGGUGAACAAUCCUGGGAUUAUUCUUAUUUAGCUUGCAAGUGUAAUAGAGCAGUGAGAGCUGAUGCUACUAUGUACUAUUGCAUGUACUGUGCAUGUCGCGUUUUGAAUGUCACUCCAAGAUAUUUGAUCAAGCUGGCGGUUAGGGAUGAUUAUGAAACAACUACGUUUAUGUUAUUUGACCAAGAAGCCUCCUCAAUUUUAAAUACUUCAUGUUCCAAAUUGCUGGAAAAGAUAGAUGUGGAUGGAAGUACUGAGAAUCCAGCAGAGUUUGGGGAACUUUUCUUGGGUAAAAGUUUCCUUUUUAAAGUGGAGGUUAGAUCAAUGUUCAAGGGACGUAUGGAGCAAUCAUUUAGAGUGUCGAAAAUAUGUCAUGAUGCUACUGUCCUCACAUGGUUUAUUGAAUCUGCUACUCCAAAAAGUGGAAAAAACAAUAGCAAUAGGGAGGGGCAAAUUUAUUCUGUUGGGGAAGACUUUUUUCAUAUUACUAAGGCCACAACCAUCGAGUCGUUAAAAGAUUGUACCGAGGACGGUGAAUAUGCUAUCUACGGAACAAUCAUAGACUCGGAUUGGUUUAUAGCAAUGUGUAGGUGCGGUGCGGGGCUGAAGUGGUCCCCCGCGGUGGCUCCUACCAUUGAACUGAUGGUAAGAAACGCGUUGUGAACCUUAUCCCAAGGUAUCAAAUCAAAAUGAGAGUCGUAGACACAUCAGACUCUGCUACUUUUGUAGUAUACGAAAAUGUGGGGUGUUUGCUUCUCCAAAAAUGAUGUGAUGAAAUGAUGAAGUACUGUGAGAAUGUUCCCGGUGUAGACAUACAACCAGAUGUGUUCAAUCGACUUUUGAUAGAUAAAACAUAUCUCUUCAAAGUGGAGAUCAGGCGUGCACACUUCAACGAUUUUGAUCCUUCCUAUAACGUGAUGGACAUUUGUUUCAAUGAACAUACCAUCUCAAAAUACAAAGAAAGAAAUACUGCUUUAUUUUCACUCCAGACUGAUGUAACGAUGUGACUUUCAACUGGAGAGAAAUUAUCGCAGCAUACAUUCUCGGUAAGAUAGUGAACUUUGUGUGUAAAGGUGAGAAUUCUUGGCUAUUUACUCACACACUUGAAUAAAAAUUGAGUCUCUUAUGAAUUGGUAUUUUUUCAUUGCUGAAUCCGAGGGUGAAUGGGUACUAAAUCAUUGCAUCAUUCUCUUUUGGUCUGUUUGUAUAUCAUUAAGGAAGAAUACUUAACCUUAAGUAACCAAAAAUUCAUACCACUAGAGACAUUUCCC